AUGGCUUCCGCAGUUGCGGAUUUAGAGGCUGGCCUGCAGGCUAUGCUGGGCCUGAAGCCGCCAGGUGUAUCUGGAUCUCGCAUCACCAGUCUGACUUCUCUUUGCGUUUCCAACAUUCAGUCCGAAUCAGUUCUUAUUCAAAAAAUCUUCACACACUUCAAGAAGGCGCCUGGAACACACAAGUUGGGGGUACUCUACGUCGUAGACUCUGUAACCCGAAAAUGGCUCGAGCAAGCCAAGACACAGGCACAGGCAAUAGACAGCUCUGCACCGGAUGGAACAUACGCCGCCGGCGUCAACCGAGUGACAGAACUCAUGCCUGUAUUGAUGAAUGAUAUCCUACAAUCCGCCCCGGAAGAGCAAAAGGAAAAGAUUAAGAAACUUCUUGACAUUUGGGAGAAGGGUCAAACAUUCCCUACAUCACUGCUCGAGUCCUUCAGAGAAAAGCUCAGCGCACCACCACAAAAUGAGUCAACAACCCCUCCCGGCAGCCCGCCUACGAAUGCUCUCGGUUCGGUUCGAGGCAGCGCUUCUACUACUCCCGCUCCUUCAGCGCCCGCUGCUCCUCCUGCCCCUACCGGCACAUCUGUUCUUGAGGCUCUGGCCAACAUCGCCCGUCAGAACACGAGUGCCCCAGCUAACCCACCCAUGCCAGCUCCUGCAGCAUCGUAUAGUAUGCCUUCUUCAGGCACACCCCAGCCGGUAUCAUCUGCCAUGCCGCCUGUAUCGUAUCCUGCGGCAUCGCAGCCUGUGAGCAUGCCUUCUAUGCCCUACGGACUCCCUCAUAUGGCAGCCCAAAAUGGAUAUGCAGGCUCUCCUCUAAACAACCCGAGUAACCCACCUCCUAACCCGCUCGUCGGGGCCUUGUCUGGAGCCGCUGCUGCAGCCCCUGGUCUUGGACUUGAUCCAAACACCCAGCAACAGAUUAUGUUGAUUAAGGCGCUGGCCGACCAAGGUGUCCCAUUUGAUAAAAUCCCAGCUCUGAUCCAGAGCAUGACUGGUGGUGCCGUAGCUGGUGCUGUUCCCCCGGCUCAGCAGCCUAUGCCGUAUGCACAAAACACUCCCGUUCCUGCCCAGUCUGCGUGGGGUGCCCCUUCAGCCAAGCCAGAUGAUUCGCGCAUGUCUGGCUACGGCCAUACAAGAUCACCUCCUAGAUAUAAUGGACGCUCUCGCUCACGAUCCCCUGACCGUGGCUGGGGUGCUCGUGGCUCGCCUCGGAACGGACGUGAUCGCCUAGACUAUGGCCGUGACUCUCCCAACCGCGGCCGUCAUGAUGAUCGCCGCGGAGGCGAUUAUCGCCAGCGUAGCCCUCAUGGACACCGUGGCCGAAGUGAAACCCCUAUUCACGAACAAGGUCCGGCCGAGAAAUGGGUCGAGUACGAUUCAAGCCUUCCAUCAGGCCACAUUAAAGUUUUCAGCCGAACACUCUUUGUCGGCGGCGUAACUUGCUCUGAGAGUGAACUGCGUGGCAUCUUUGGCCGUUUCGGCACCGUACAAACAUGUAUUGUAAACAAGGACAAACGACAUGCAUUCGUUAAGAUGCUCAGCCGACAGGAUGCUGUCGCCGCUAAGCAGGGUACUGAGGAUUCCCGCAACUUGGAUGUACCUCUACGUACUCGUUGGGGUGUUGGUUUCGGUCCUCGAGACUGCAGCGACUAUUCGACGGGUGUUAGCAUUAUCCCCAUUCACAAACUGACGGAGGCUGAUCGCAAGUGGAUGUUGACCGCUCCGUUUGGUGGAAGCGGUGGACGACCCAUUGAGACUGGUUUGUCUGUGGAGGAACCCGAUAUUGAGAUAGGAGCUGGAGUAUCUUCAAAGGCCAUCAGCCGGCGCAUGCAGACAGAUAAGGGCGGUAGCAACGGGCCCAAGUCUACUCGUAACCGGGACGAGGACCUCUCCAGGUGGCGUCGAAGCCGCGACAAUGGCAGCAACAACAGUCACCCUCGCCGAGACGAUCACCGUGACCUUCCUCAAGAAGGACAGGGCUUGGCUUCUACAUUCCCCUUCGGUAUCGGCACGUUGCCAAACGGCAUGCCCAACUUUCCCGCUGGUUUCUCAUUCCCCGAUCCUACUAACUAG